GGCGAACCUUUGCCACAAAUAAAAGCCUAUUAAAACAAAUUUGAUUUCAUCGACGUCAACCAUCGCAUAAUUUAAAUUUUCGCUGGAUAAAUUCUAAAGCAUCACGUUCGACGGAGAGAAGAAAUAAAAUUUCCGGCGUCUGAGGAAUUCAGUAGCUACGAAAGACGGCGAAGGCGAACCCUCCUUCCCGAUCCCUUCGACCGUCACAAAUUACUACUGGUGUGCCUGGGAUAGCAACAGCAAUGGCGGGAGGCGCUUGUCCAUUUACGCUAACUAAGAGACUUCUUUAUCAUGCAUUUUUGACUGGAAUAUUGUUAGUAGUUGUUGUUGUACAGGGUGUCCUUCUAGAUGUUUACAUCAUUUAUAGUGACCAUACUAUUAUUGAAAAUUACUUCUGGCUAGUUCCUGAUUUUCUGUUGGUGUUUGGGUUUGUGGCUGCAAUGGCUAGUGGUUACAAAAAUAACAAAAUCAAGAAAAGUGAUGUUUGCCAGAAUGACCAUAGAGUUAAGACGGAAGAAACUGCGUCACUUCAUACUAACAUUCUUGGAAAACAUUAUUUGCCUUUUUAUGUUUGGAUGGUAUACUCAGUUUUACUUGUAGCCAAAAUUGCUGUUAUCUUCAAGUCCCAAGUGCCAAACAAGCUUGAAGCUACAGAUAGGCUUAGUCCACAGUUACUCAAGAUAGCAAUGUCUUUGACAUGUAUUAUCUUUGCUCUUUUAGUGGAAGGACAGACUAGUCCUGACAAGCAUUGUGAAAGAAAUUACUACAUCCAGACUCUUUCACAUGGUACAGCAUUUGAGAUUUUAGACUCUGUUACUUUCAUCGCAUUGCUGAUUCAGUCAGAGUCUCGUUUUGUCUUGCCUGUAAACCUUGAAAAUGCAAUUAUAUUCUUCUCAUGCAUAAAUUUCAUGUUACCAGGAAUAGCUUUAGUCAAGCUGAGUCGUUGUGAUUAUGGGGAAAGUUCUGUUUGCAUAGUAACGUCUGUCCUGUACAAAUUGUGUCACCUGUGGUUUAUCAAUGUUACCUAUUUUAUUAUUAGAGUACAUCUGUGGGGUGGAUUUUCUGUUGCGGUGUCUCCCUUUAUUGUAAAAAAUAUUUACCAUAUUUUUUCCAAUAUGAUGGACAUCUGGAGAGAAACAAAGCCCCUAUGGAGUAUUUUUAAGGGUUUUGUAAACAAAUGUAAGAGAGUACAGGAUUCCUCUACUGGAGAGAGAGAAGCAACAGAAAUAACUGAAGGUAUUGAAAUGAAUGCAACUAAUAGCAGUGUUGGUGACUCUGCAACAGGCAGUGACAGGUUUGAAGAGAUAGAUCUUAAAGUUAAGUAAAAUGUGAUCAACAUUACUAUGAUAUAAAGGCUGUGAUAAUUAUUUUCUUUGAAAGAUUAUAGAAAUGUUUUUCGGAAGUUUUUUAAACUGAAUUCUUUUGGUUAUCAAAAUAAGUAAUUUUUCCAGUGUGAAGAGGAGUACACCAUUGUAUGUUGUGAUGUGUUGCUAUGAGAAUAAUUUUUUUUUUAAUGUAGGUGUACUGUUUAUUUUUACUUUGAUUUUACUAUUAUCAUUGUGAAUUCUUGCAGUUUCACAUUUGGCCAUUUUUAAUUUUUUCCUUUGUUUUUCUUUCAUGCUAAAUGAAAAGUGGGAACUUUGUGACAGAUAAGUAUACUUGAAAAAAUUUAUGCUUUGAAUUUACAUUUUUUUUUUUUAGCUAAUGCAGAUACAUCUUUAGCAUGAACUUGCUAAUCUUCUCUGAAAUGUUUUGUUAAAGAAGAUUGGACAGCAAAUUUUAAGUGUGUUUCUUGAGUUUUCUUAGUUUAUUCACAUUUGAUUUAUCCAGAAAUAAUCAUAGUUGAAAGUACAAAAUGUUAUUUGCACCAAAGCCAGUGACAAACUUUUCUAAAAAAUUUGUACGAGGAAAGGGUGAGUGUUUCAGUAGAUUUUGUGGUAGUAAUUUUACUAAUGUAUAUAUAUUCAGGAACUUCAUAAAGAACUGAUUUUCUUCUGUUUAUUUUGAAAUGUAUGCUAAAUUUUUCUUUUUAUAUAGAGUACAUGAAAUUUCUAUUUGAAUAUUGAUGUGUCAAAGAUUUCUGUACCCCAUACCUGUACGUUAAAUUUCAUCCCUUGAUGGUCUCUUAAACAGACUAAGGAUCUACAGACUUUGUCAGUGGAUUCCAUGUUUUCAUUAAUUUGCAUGCAAAGUAGCUGUUUGUAUUCAGGUCUGUUAGCAGCUUUGGACAGAGCUAAUUACAGAUAGUAUGGAUUUAGCAACCCCUUUGCUGUUUAUAUAUUUGUUGAGAAAAGUAGGCAGUUUUGUUGCUAGGAAAAUCUCGCCUAAUUUUUACAGUACAUGGAAGUACUAGAAAAAGUUAGUUUGGCUGCAUGUAUGUGUAUAUUGAUAUUGAAUAUUGAGCAAAAGAAUUGGUCUCAAAAUGAACCGUUGUUAUAUAAAAACGAUUGUUUCCAGUCUGUGUAGGUGAAAUUUAGAAUCUCAUUUAAAAACCAGUGCAGUUGUGAGGAUUCAGUUAUAAUGUCGUCCUACUGAGGAAGCUCCCUAUCUUCAUUGCUAUAAGUACAGUAAUUCAUCACAGUUAGAAAUAGUUAUGCUUUAGUACCAACUCUAAACUUUUUUCUAAUUUAGGUGUAUUGAGCUUGGUCUCCACAUUGACUGAUAAUAGGUUUGUAGUACAAUGUUAUCAUCAUUAAAUUAGCUUAUUUUGUAUUGUAAGAUGCUUAGAUUAUAUUGUAAGACUUAAUUAUUAGGACAAAGCUGCAUUGUUCAGGUUGCCCAUAAGAUGGGUGCAUUGUGAUACGUGUAUUUACUCAGAAUUUCAAGUUAGCUUUUCUGUAGACAAGGUCAGUAAUAAGAAAAUCUUGAUAUCUCAUAGUUAUAAAAAGCUUGUAGUAAAAAGAAAAGCAUCAAUUGCUUUAUGGAAAUAUUCCAAGUAAAACAGACACCCAUAACUUGCAUAAAUUAGAAUUAUAUGUGAAGCCAGUAAUUAAUGACCAGCAAAAGAGAGAGGUCAGCAAAAAAGUACGUAGUACGUAUAUGGUUACAUGAAAAAAGCACACCAGUUUUUCUAAGACUCGUGUUUGAACUUGCAAACAUUGCCAUCAGUGGUAAUAUCAGAAGUUAACUUUACAGAUUAUUAAUUGAAUUAAAUACGUAAAUGAGAAAUUUCUGGUACCAUGCACUACGUUUAUGGCACUACAGUAGAAAGUUGAUACUGCCUUUCAAUUCAGUUAAUUGGCAUGUGAGGAAUAAUGCAGAUUUAAAAGUAGAUUAGCUGUGAUGGUUUGCCAAACAGGAUCAUUUCUGGCAAGUUUUAAAUCCUGAUAAUCAUUGAUGGGAAAAAUAAACUGCUACUUCAAGCACUUAUCAUUUAAAAACAUAACAUCCCAGUAGGCUGAAUAAUUGUAGAAAUAACUGUAUUCAAACAGGAUACGACGUCUGAAGUAGAGAUGUAUCGGAUAUCUACAUCCUCGGAUUAUGCACAUUUUUUAUAAAUCCACAUCCAUCCACAUUGACAAUUUAUUAACAUCCGCAUUAACAUUGCAAGGAACAUCUGCAGUUUGAAAAGGCAGACCCCCUGAUCAGUGUUCAAUACAUAUGUAGUUCAUACUCGUACAUUGUAGGUAAAAGUAGUAUUUUUAAUUUUUUUUAUUUUUUUUAUUUUGCUUUUUCAUUUUAUUAUACAGAACACAUUUACACAUUGCAUACAGUAUAUACUUUAUGAGUAGCUCUGUUAUAGCAGCAUAUUUGUUUUAGUAAUUUCAUGUCAUUUACAGCUGUGUAAUCAUAAAGGCAGGGUAUUGCAAUGUUCAUGUAUUGCUGUUAUUCUGUAAAUUCAUAUGAAAGUAUAUACUACACACACACACAUGAGUAUCACUUAUGUUUCUACUUUCAAUUAGUACAUCAAAUAUUAUGCAGUAACACACAAUUUUGAAUUAUGUGACAGAAAAUCGUAUUUAACAAUUAAAUAGUAGUUUGUUCAUGAAACUUACCUGUCAGAUAUAUAUAUAGCUGUAUUUUCUGAAGUCCGACAGAAAUUCAAAAACUUCCGGCACACA